CCGCCGGUUGCGCAUUUCCGCCGCUCUACGUCACUUCUGGAUGUCAAUAUGCGGCUUGUUGCGGCGCUGGGAGACGGAACCUCUGGGAAGAUGUGAACCGAGUCCCCGGCGAACAGCAGCCAACACACCCACCGCCACCUCCGGGCCAACGCGAACCUCGGGCCCGACUAACGGACGCACGGCCGCGGGCAGCUCGUCGGGUCUCUCUGCCCCCCCAGCAGCGGAGCGUCUGUCUGCAAGCAGCCAUCUUUAGCGAAGGGAUGUCCGGGGCCUGCUCGGGCUCCAGCCGGGGCCGGAGCCUGCUGAUGCUGACCACCGCUCUCCUGCUGUCGCUCGCCGGGCUCCUGUCCGGGCUGCCCGGCUCCACCGAGGCGAAGGACUGCGACAAGCCGUGCAUGAACGGCCAGUGCAACGCGGCCACCGGCAGCUGUGUGUGCUUCCCCGGCUGGGUCGGGGACCAGUGCCAGCACUGCGGAGGGAGAUUCAGGCUGACGGGGCCGUCUGGUUAUCUGAGUGACGGACCAGGCAACUACAAGUACAAGACCAAGUGCACGUGGCUCAUCGAGGGACAGCCCAACACCGUACUGAGACUAAGGUUCAACCACUUUGCCACCGAGUGCAGCUGGGACCACCUGUACGUGUACGACGGAGACUCCAUCUACGCCCCGCUGCUCGCUGCCUUCAGUGGUCUUAUCGUCCCUGAGCGUUACGGGAACGAGACGGUUCCAGAGGUGGUGUCUCAGUCCGGCUUCGCCCUGCUGCACUUCUUCAGUGACGCUGCCUACAACCUCACCGGCUUCAACAUCUCCUACAGGGUGAAUUCCUGUCCCAACAACUGCUCGGGCCACGGCGAGUGUCGUGUGGGGAACUCCAGUACCUCGGUGCUCUGCGAGUGUGACGCCAACUGGAAGGGAGAAGCCUGCGACGUCCCGUACUGCCUGGCUGACUGCGGCUACCCCGAGCGAGGUCGCUGCCAGGACGAUUCCUGCGUCUGCAAGACGGGAUGGCAAGCUCCAGACUGCUCCGUCUCAGCUCCUGCAAAUUCCUCCUUCUGGACCCGGGAGGAGUACACCGAGGCGGGGCUGGCUAAGGCCGCCCACAAGGCUGUGGUGGACCAGGGCAUCAUGUGGGUCAUCGGAGGUUACGUCUUCAACGCCUCUGACUAUCACGUGGUCAAAGCGUACAACCUCAGCAGCAAGAGGUGGCUGAGCCUCGAACCCUCGGUCAACACGGUCACGCCUCGAUACGGCCACUCGCUGGCGCUGCACGAGGGAAAGAUCUUCAUGUACGGAGGAAAGAUCGACUCCUCAGGGAACGUGUCCAGCCAGCUCUGGGUUUUCUACAUCCAGAACCAGACCUGGGUCCUCCUGACCCCCCGGGCCAAGGAGCAGUAUGCUGUGGUGGGACACUCCGCCCACAUUGUGCCUUCCUCCCAGGAGGGGGGCGACCCCAUCAUGCUGGUUCUGUUCGGACACUGUCCUCUGUAUGGUUACAUCAGCCGGGUCCAGGAGUACAACAUCGCCAAGAACACGUGGAGCAUGGUGUUUACGGACGGCGCGCUGGUUCAGGGCGGCUACGGCCACAGCAGCGUUUUCGACCCGGGCACCAGAGGCAUCUACAUCCACGGCGGCUACAAGGCCUUCAGCGCCACCAAGUACGGCUUGGCUGGAGACCUGUACAAGUUCGACGUGGACAAGAGGAAGUGGACCAUCCUGAGAGACAGCGGCUUCUUCCGGUACCUCCACACGGCGGUGAUAGUGAGCGGGGCGAUGCUGGUGUUUGGAGGAAACACACACAAUGACACAUCCAUGAGCCAUGGCGCCAAGUGCUUCUCCUCCGACUUCCUGGUCUACAGUCUGGCGUGCGACGAGUGGACAGUGCUGCCUCGACCGGACCUCUACAAUGACGUCAACCGCUUCGGGCACUCUGCGGUCUUCAGUGACAGUGUGAUGUAUGUGUUCGGCGGCUUCAACAGCCUGCUGCUCAGCGACGUCCUCAUGUACACCUCGCCCAGCUGCUCGGCCUUCUCCAGCCAGGCGUCCUGCAGCCAGGCCUGGCCCGGGAUCCACUGCGUCUGGAACGGCACCCAGGGGACCUGCCUCCCCUGGGAGAGCAACGCCGGCGCACCUGAGCUCCAGCAGCUCCCGGCCUCCUGCAACACCAGAUCAUAUGUGGAUAGCGAGCGGUGCGACCAGUACACAGACUGUUACAGCUGCACCGCCAACACCAACGGCUGCCAGUGGUGCUCCACCCAGUGCGUUUCUCUGGGAAGCAACUGCACCGCAGCAUCGGGGUCAAUAGGGGAGUUUGACGUCUGUCCCCGGGACAAUCCCUCCUUCGUGUGCAACAAGAAAACCAGCUGCAAGAGCUGCGCUGUCGACCAGAACUGUCAGUGGGAUCCUCGCAACCAGGAGUGCAUCUCACUGCCAGAAAACGUGUGCGGUGAAAGCUGGCAUCUGGUGGGCAACUCGUGUCUGAAGUUCAUCACGGCCAAGGACUCGUACGACAACGCCAAGCUGGCCUGCAGGAGCCACAACGCCGUCCUGGCGUCGCUCACCACUCAGAAGAAGGUGGACUUUGUGCUGAAGGAGCUGCAGAUCAUGAGCGUGGUGUACAAGGCCUCUGUGACGCCCUGGGUGGGGCUGCGGAAAAUCAACGUGUCGUACUGGUGCUGGGAGGACAUGUCGCCCUUCACCAACACCACGCUGCAGUGGCUGCCCGGGGAGCCCAGCGACGCCGGGUUCUGUGGCUACCUGGCCGAGCCGGCGUCCAGCGGGCUGAAGGCUCAGACCUGCAUCAACCCGGUGAACGGCAGCCUGUGUGAACGACCAGCCAACCACAGUGCCAAGCAGUGCAGGACGCCGUGCGCCAUGAGGACCACGUGCAGCGAGUGCACCAGCAGCAGCAGCUCGGAGUGCAUGUGGUGCAGCAACAUGAAGCAGUGCGUCGACUCCAACGCCUACGUGGCCUCCUUCCCCUUCGGACAGUGCAUGGAGUGGUACACCAUGAGCUCCUGUCCACCGGAGAACUGCUCCGGGUACAGGACGUGUGGCCAGUGUCUGGACCAGCCCGGCUGUGGUUGGUGCACCGACCCCAGUAACACGGGCAAGGGCCAGUGCAUCGAGGGCUCGUACCGCGGGCCCUUCCAGACGUCCGUCCCGGCGCCGUCCACCCUGCCCGGUCUGCUCACCAGCUCUCAGCCGGCCCUCAACGCCAGCAUGUGUCCCAGUGAGGCCAAAUACAACUGGUCCUUCAUCCACUGCCCGGCUUGUCAGUGUAACGGUCACAGUCAGUGCGUCAACGAGAGCGUGUGCGAGAAGUGCGAGGACCUGACAACCGGCCGUCACUGCGAGAGCUGCAUCUCCGGCUUCUACGGAGAUCCGACCAACGGGGGCAGCUGCCAGCCCUGCAAGUGUAACGGCCACGCCAGCAUGUGCAACCCCAACAACGGCAAGUGCUUCUGCACCACCAAGGGCAUUAAAGGAGAUCGCUGCCACCUGUGUGAAGUGGAGAACCGUUACCAAGGCAACCCCCUCAAAGGAACAUGCUACUACACGCUCCUUAUCGACUACCAGUUCACCUUCAGCCUGUCGCAGGAGGACGACCGCUACUACACCGCCAUCAACUUCGUGGCCACGCCUGAGGAGCCCAACCGGGAUCUGGACAUGUUUAUAAACGCCUCCAAGAACUUCAACCUGAACAUAACCUGGGCCACGAGCUUCAGUGCAGGAACUCAGACCGGCGAGGAAAUCCCCAUCGUCUCUCGGAGCAACAUCAAGGAGUUCAAGGACAGCUUCUCCAACGAGAACUUCGAUUUCCGCAACAGCCCGAACAUUACGUUCUUCGUCUACGUGAGCAACUUCACCUGGCCCAUUAAGAUCCAAAUCGCCUUCUCCCAGCACAGUAACUUCAUGGACCUGGUGCAAUUCUUUGUCACAUUCUUCAGUUGCUUCCUGUCCCUGCUCCUGGUGGCCGCCGUGGUCUGGAAGAUCAAACAGAGCUGCUGGGCGUCACGGCGACGAGAGCAACUGCUGAGAGAGAUGCAGCAGAUGGCGAGCCGGCCCUUCGCCACCAUCAACGUCGCCUUGGAGACGGACGAGGAGCCGCCUGACCUGAUAGGAGGAAAUGUGAAGUCUGUUCCCAAGCCCAUCGCCCUCGAGCCGUGCUUUGGCAACAAAGCCGCCGUGCUCUCCAUCUUUGUGCGGUUACCCAGGGGCACCGGUGGCAUCCCUCCUCCAGGACAGUCUGGUCUGGCAGUGGCCAGUGCGCUGGUGGACGUCUCUCAGCAGUUGUGUGGAGGCUACAAGGAGAAGUCUGGAGGCCUGAGGAACCGCAAACAGCAGCCGACCGCACAACCAUCCACCUGCAUCUGACCGCACCCCCGUCCUGCUCCACCAUUCCCGGCCAAAUGCUCUCCCAUUAGCCCCCUGCCUCGGCCCCCUCCUGUAGAGACUUCUGCCAGCUCCGCUCUGGCAGGGACAAGUGCAUGCUGGGACACAGGACUGGGACAUCUUGGCGAGGGGCAGAGUCAUCCGGUGGACUGAAACCUCGGUGGGCUUUCCCCCCCCCCCCCUCUCCUCCUGCAGGAACUUUAGAGAUCCCUCGAACUGAACGACAGAAACUGGACAUGGACGAGGGGGAGCCGCAGAAGGGGGGAAGGAGGGACGGACGAAGCGGGUGCUUCCUCCACCUUUUCCCAUCGAACAAAACAAAAACAUUUUACAUUUGUCGACACCGCCUCAUUGUUGUCAAGGCGACCACGGCUUGCUGCUAGAAGAGAUCGUCAUCUCGUAGUUUUUGAAGAAUCCAGAGACUUUGCCGCGCUCUGUGUUGCAAAGUCAUUUUACUUAAAUUAUUGUUGCUCUUUGUUUUGUAUUGUGUUAUUUUGAAGGCAGGAACAAACUGGACAUGUGCAAUUGUACAUGCAAAACCCCCCCACACACACACAAACACACACUCUCUCUCUCUCUCUCUCUUCCAAAAACCCACUAUCCAGGCCCCUGACCCGUUUACAGCCCAUAGUCGCCUGUUGAUCACUCAGCGCAGCACUGAGGGCCGGAGUCACAGUUUGGCCCCCGAGUCAGAGAACAGCACGUUCAGGCUUCACCUAAAUGAAGAUCCACCGUAGGAGGCCGGCCCGCGCAGCCAGAGCCCGUCUGAAGAGUGUGUGACAUUUGUCCCUCUCUGUGGCCUGUCUGGAGCUUUGUCUCUCUCGCCCCCCCCCUCCUCUCUCUCUCUGUGGCCAUCUGGCUGCCGAGCCCCCCCCCCACAGCCUCUUUGGCAGCAUGGCGCAGAACAAAACAAGACCACGGCAACAUCUCAUCCACGCUGGCUGGCUAGCUGGAUCGUAAGCCGAUUGAAACUUUUCCAGCUAAUUACUCCCCCGGUUGCAGUGGAAAGCCGGUGUCCCUGCACACACAGGUUCACACUGGGCUCACAGACACACACACAGACACACACACAGACACACACUAAAACAGUUGGCGGUGAGAGAACCCGCCAGCGCUUAACGAUUGUCCCUUUAGCUGCGCCUCGAGCUCGUGUGAACCGGGCUUCCUAUAGAUCGUCGGCCUGAUCGACUAACGAGUGAUUAGUCUGAUCUGCGUGAGGCGACGGUUCAACAUCCUGUGUGAUCGUUGCCUCGGAAAUCCAUCGCCUCUAAUUGCUGCUGCCGUGUAUCCAAAUGCAAAGCAUAUUCCCCCCCCCCCAGCGGUGACGUCUGUGUUCGUAUUGAUGAAUCCACGGUGGAGCUAAUGCCAACAUUUAAAUGGUACCAGUCCCAGAGCUGUGAACAUGGAGUAAACAUGCGUCAGCGGGAUGAGCCGCCCGCUUUUCAAAUGUCAAUGUCUGCUUUUUUAAUUUGCACCUUUUGUUAAAUGGAUUUUUUUUUUUUAAAUGACCUCACCUCCAUGAUGACCUCUGGCAUUUAUUCUCUCCAAAAAAAAAAAAAAAAAGACAACACAUCCAUGGUGGUUUUUUCAAUUUGAUAUUGUCUCUGAAAACGAUCUUUCUUCCUGAUCUCUGGCUGCACAUCCUUUUUUUUUUUGUGUGAGGUUUCUUUAAGCCGGUCGUAUUUUUUUUUAUUUCCCCCCCUUCUUCUAUAUCUGCUCUUUCCAGCGUCCUUAUCUGAAAUCAGCGGCUGGUUUUUAAAGAAACAUCACUUCUUUGUCGAGGUGGAAAACGAGCGAGAGGAGAAAAGAAAAACACGAAGCAAACACAAGAGACACAAACAUAAAAAACAAAGGGUUUGGACGGAGCUGUUGCUUUUGAAAUGUCACAUGAAAUGUUUCGUCUUUGCUCCUCAACUCUUCAUCUCCAGUACGGCAGCUCGUGGUCAUCUCUGCAGGAUGUAAGUUUCAUCCUCCAGGUCUGAAGGCAGAGGAACGCAGAUACAGAAGAUAUCUCUGCCUCCCGCGCACAGUUAUUAACUUCCCGCCCUCGGAGAAGUACAGUAAUAGAACAAUUUAAUAACUCGCCCUCUGCCCUAAAGAGCCUGACGUGUUCAGUUCCCCGGCUCUCACAUGUGUUCAGCAUACUAGAACUGCUGCCCGCCUGGUUUAAAGGGCAAACUUUUAGCACUGGAAUAAGGUCAGAGCAGGAAGCAUGAACAAAGUUGACAUUCUGUAAUUAUAGAGCUGGGUGUGCUCACGACUCCACUCAGCGAGCGGCAGCGAGGAGGCCGCUCCGUUCAUACGUUCACCGAGGAAUCCGAGCACUUCAUCUUGGACUCUUUUUUAUCAAUCGCCUUUUGCCCUUUCCUCCACGAGACCGUAGGUUUUGAUUUUGAUGCUCCUGCAGAGACUCGAUGGUAGAAAAUCUCCGUGAGCCGUCGUUCCAGCAUCUGGUCGGUCAGAUCGUCAGUUUAGUGCUUAUUGUUUUUCUGUGGGAGUUUUUAUUUUUACAGUUCGUACCAGUUUCCCUCCCACACACCUGUCACCUCCUCUCAGGUGGGCGGGGUUUUGUUUCCCUGCACUAUCAGUCGGUUUGGCAGGAAACCAGCCAGUCAUUUCCAAACAUCUUGUCGGGGGGGGGUGUAAAAUGCUGGCAGCGGUGGGAACGUCUCGUUACGUUCAGGCUCUUUUAUUCUUCCUCAGCAGAAAUGAUAUCACCAUAGAUUUAGAUUUGUAAAGAGACGAGGAGGACAGACGAUCAGAAACAUUUGCUGAAACUCGUUGAGGCUUAAUUCCGGCGACGCAGCUUAAAGCAACACUAUGUAACUUUGACUGAGCAACAGCGCCCCCUGUAGCCACAUGUAAGGAUGAAUUCUGUUGGGCUCCAUACCCGACCAAUUAAGAUAUUUUCAAAAAUCAAUUGAACGGUGGAUAUUACCCAUAAUCCCCGGCUUCCUGAACCAGAAGAGCUGCGGCUGUAACAAAUCCACCAAACUAUUGUUUAGAAUUCUUCAUAUUUUCAACGUUUCCUGCAGAAUAAUAACUUCUGAGUCUCUGAUCCACAGUUCAGCUUCACUCUGAUUCUCACAGUUGAAGCUGUGACUCUCGGUCACUUCUUCUCGCAGGACAUCGAACCCACAAGUUGUGUAGUGUUGCUUUAAAGCACAAACGUGUAAUAAUACGAAGCCAGAACGUGACACACAACAUGACCCGUCCCCAGAUCCCAGACACCAACAUGCCUGAAGUCUCACUUCAACGGGAGCAGCUCUGAGAUCAGCCCACAUCUCGUGUAUUUGAUUUCCUGAACUCUUUUCAUUCCACUCGACACCUCUGUUGUCAAAAGAUCCCUUUAUUUCAUUCUUAGGAGAGAAAUUCACGAGCGGAGUCGUCGUCACUCUUCAGUCUGACACCUUCAUUUCACACAAAUCUCAUUUUGCCAAGAAUCUGGUUCGGAUUCAAACGUGCUGUCGCAUUAAUUUCACCAGGAAACAAGAUUGUGUUUGUUUCUUUGUCCUUUUUUUUGUUGUUGUUCUUGUUGUUGUGCUUUUUAUAAAUGAAUGUAAAAUCUGCAGCCAAGGUAAAUGUGUAACCACCUCCAGCCUGUGAGCAUCACUUCCUCUGUGGCCCUGUGUGGCACGGUGGUGCAGUGGUUGACACACACAGCACAGUCACAGGUUCAGACCACGCUCGUCUGCUCGGGUCUGUUUCUCUAACUCAAUCUCAGUUGUUCUUUCCACUGUGGUUUGAUCAGUUUCAGUUUCACAGUUUUCCCCCCGUGUGGCCAGUCUCACUCAUCUCAAACUGCAGCGUCAGCAGAACGAUUCCAAAAACAAACUCUAUUAUCUGUAAACGCUGUUUGACCCAGAUCUGUUAUCAGCAGCGCCCCCUGCUGGGUUUCUACACACGUCCCAAAAGUCCUGGAGCAGAGUAAUGAAGGGAAAUUAGAAGAAAUCAUGCAGCUUCAGCGUUUUAUCUGAGAUUCUUUAAACGUCAGGUUCACCCACACGUUUUAUUUAUUGGACGUCUUCUCCGAGCGCUGCUCUACAUUUCCUGCACAACCCCCGUGAGCUAAACUGCACCUUAGUACUAACGUAGAUUAUUAUCGUGAAAGCUCAUCUUCUUAUGAUCAGUGUGAUUUAUGGUUGUAGUAAAGAAUUGCGUUGGUUUAACUUUAACCUUGAUUCAAUAAUUCAGAAUUGGAACUCAGUUAAUCUGGUUUUAAUGUCCAUUCACACAGGGUUUCAUGGUUUCUGCUCAUUCUUUGCUCUAGAACAACCUUGAAAGACAUUUAAUGAGCUGCACUGGUUCCUCCUCAGGUCCGACUCCUCCACAUCAGCCCAGAACACGGUACGGACUGUGACGCGUUUCCUUGAGUUCUAACAAACGUGUUAAACACUAUUUUCCGUAUGAACUCGAUCUGUUAAACAUCGUCUUACUGGCUAACACGUCGAUGUAUUUACUUUGCCAUCACCGCCACCUGCAGGUCAGCGGGUUUGUGUUAAAAUGUGAUUUGACCCAUUGAUCCGUGGAGCCACACGAGGCCAGACGCCCCGCAGCGGGACUUCAGGUUCCUGCUGGUGCAAUCCCAACAUAAAAAAGGUUUCCAGCAGGAAGCCAGUGGGAGGCUUCUACUGUACAGCAGCAAGAAGCAGAUGCAUGUGUCACCGAGCUCGCUGGACUCCUCACCGGUGCUUUUUCAUUUAGAUAAAGAGAAUUAAUUUACCGCCGAAUACCGACGGGAGAAUUAGCAGCAGCUGCAGGUUAACGUGACCAGUAGCUUGAUGGGAUGUGAGUCGUGGCCUGAAUGGAGCCGGGGACCUUUUAGAAAAAUGAUCGUAACUGAAAGCUCCCGUCUCGAUGAGGCAAAGGAUUAAAAAAAGAUAAAUUUAACGUACAAAUGCACCUUUUUUUUCAAUGUAGCUGCAACAGAGACGAGUGUCCCAUCCCCCCCGCCCUGUCCCCCAACACAGCAGCGACAGAUCAAAACCUUACGAGCACAAACACAAACCUUCGCUCUGUCCGCAGAGAGCUGGACUCACGGAGGUUGAAUCUCUCCUGAUCCCUGCGUCCUGGAGUUGAGAUUUUUCCACGUGACUUCACCUCUUUGUGUGAAACCCCCGAUUUCUGAUUUACGGCGACGAGCAGCUUCCUCCCCUCGUCUCCCCAAGCCUCAAUAUAUUUAUCGGGUAACACUACCUUUACCGUGGCCUCCUUUUCCAGCUCGGUCAUCUCUGUAUUAACCGAUACAAACGUAGAGCAAAUGCAUAUUUAUGGAGUGUUUUUAAAAGUGGGAAAUCCUUAUAUUCACAACGCAAGUAGACGUGUGCUGUCAAACACUGGUAAUAUUUCAAAAUGCUUUAAUACACCGGUUGAAGCGUGAGAACGAGGUCAUUGUAAAACUAGACGUUACCCUCUUGUCUUUCUUUGUACAGCGGCAUUAUAUAUACUGAUGAAGUAGUUUGUUAAUAUGUAUAAUUUAGCAGUUGCUGUUGGGUUUUUUUUUUUUUUUCUGUUGUAAAUAAUGAGAACGUAUUGUGAAUGACGUUUGUCGAAAUGGUUUUGAGAAAAAAAAUCGUUCCUGGCUUUUAAAGAUGUGACGCAGCAUAUUUUGUAUGUACGACGGCAGCGUAACGACGAGCAAGCAUUAAUAGAAGCUGAAGAAAAACCACGUGUCAAACCUGAGGAUAGUAGCUUAACGAACUUGUAAUUACUCGUGUACAUAAAACAAAAAAGAAUUGACACUACAUUUUUGUCUAUUAUUAAAUGUGAAAAUCCA